AUGAUCAAGCGCUUUGUCAUCCUUCUUCUGGUGAUCCUGGGUGUCGUGCUCAGUUGCGCUCACGCGGAUGAUACUCCUGCGGCUCCAGCCGUUGAAGAUGGUAAAACGGAGCAGGUGCCACCUGGUGUGACGGUUUUUGAAGAGAAGGAGCCUGUACCGGCGGACAAGGAGCAGUUUGAGAAGUUUAUUGGUGGCGGCGGUGGCUUCAUCCCAACGGGAGGAAUCACGUACCGUUGGCGCUACACGUAUCCGUAUGCUGGAGGGUUCCGUUACGGCUGGCGCUAUCCGAUCACGUACUGGAAGUCGUUUGGCCAGACAGUCUACGGGUCGGGCUGCCAGUACGCUCGUCCUUUUGGCACGUGGUUCUACUGUUAA